AUGAAACAUUUUGUUGUAACAGUUAUUUCAUUUUCUUUGAUGCAAUUAGCAAGUGGAUAUCUAUUGCCUUCAGAUUUACACAAAGAUCCAGGGGCAUAUGAUUACGAAGACUUUGUUAAUAUUAAUGAUGCUUCAAACGUAGAAGAAGACACACGUAAACAGAUGUAUAAACUGGAAGAAGCACCUAAAUUAUUUAAAAAAUUUAUCAACGACUAUGGAAAGAAGUAUAAAGAUAAUAAAGACAGGGCAAAACAUUACAAAAUUUUUUUACAGACAUUAAAACAUCUCAACAAGAUAGAUAGAGAAAUGGAAUUUAGUACCGCGCUUCAAAUAAACAUAUUUGCAGAUCUAACACCAGAUGAACGGUAUCUUUAUCUCGGUUGGCUUUAA